AUGGGUUCCGACGACCUCAUCGACUUCGAGGUGAUCGAAAACCAAAAGGAAAACAUCCAGUCUCUCCCCAGCGGGCGCUCCGCCAAAGCCCUCGCCCAGCUAUACACACCGCCAUUGACCUCAAAGCCCGGCCAGACGCCGUCGCCGUCGCAGAUGCAGGAUGCCAACAGCGCGGCCAGGCUCAAGUAUGAGAAGGAGCUCAUGGCCAUUGACGACUCUGACGACCCGCUCGACGUUUACGACCGCUAUGUCAAAUGGACGCUGGACGCAUACCCCUCCGCCCAGAACACGCCCCAGUCGCAGCUCUGCCCGCUGCUCGAGCGUGCGACCAAAGCCUUCCAAUCCUCGCCGCAAUACAAAAACGACGUCCGCUACCUCAAGCUGUGGCUCCACUACAUCCACCUCUUCUCAGAUGCGCCCCGCGAAACAUUCGCUUACCUUGCCCGGCACCACAUUGGCGAGGAUCUGGCGCUGUACUAUGAAGAAUUUGCCGCCUGGCUAGAGUCCGCGGGCCGCUUUGCCCAAGCCGAAGAGGUUUACAACAUGGGCAUUGAGCGCAAUGCGCGCCCCACCGAGCGCUUGAUCCGCAAGUAUGGCGAGUUCCAGCAUCGAUGCGAGAGCCGCCCGGAACAGGUCGAGGAGCCCUCGAGUCCUGCAUUGCCUGCUGUGCGUCCAGCCCUAGCCGCAAAGAUGGAUCCUUUUGUGCAUGCAUCACCGAGCGCUCCCGCUCCGCAAGCGCAGGCCCAGCCAAAGCCUGCAGCAGGCACAUCUCGCUCCGGAAAGCCUAAGCUCGCCAUCUUCUCGGACGGUGAUGAUGCCGCGAGGCCCGCCUCGACCGGCAGCACCGAAGGUUGGGACAACAUUGGGUCGCUUGCGGACCGCAAGAAGGAGAAUGCGCACGAGCCGCGGCCUAUGGCUGGCGAGACGCUCAAGGUGGGAAAGAAGAACACGGGCAUGCCUAAAAUGAUGAUUUUCAAGGAUGAGAACAAAUCAAAUCUCAAUGACGAAAAUGUCAACCCCCAUCCGUUGCGUGAAUAUCAACAAGCUGUCAAUCCUAGGACGGGACGAGUCGAGGUCGUCUUUGUCGAUUUAGAAAAAGUGUAUCCUAACCAUGAAGAUCCAAUGUCCGAAGAAUACUCGUUUGAAGAACUGCGGGCUAAACACAGGGGUUGGAUGGACCACGACUGGGCAGCCAUUCGCCGUAAAGAAGCGGAGCAGGCAAGGAAGGCUGCCGAGGCUGCUGCUACUGCACAGUCUAAAGCCAAAGCCAUGCCUUUGGCACCUAAGCAAGAGCCCGAACAACCUGCUAAGCCCAAAACAGUGCCUCUAAAGGGAAGUGUUGACGAUGACAUGGGCAACGAUGAGAAUGCGCCGCCUUCGCAAGUGGACAUGGACAAGGCCAAAGCAGCCAAGAAGGCCAGACGGGAAGAGCGCGCCAACAGGACUAGGAAAAUCAAAGUCAUGGAAACCAAGGAGGUUCGUGGAGAAACACAAACGAUCCAAGCCAACCUGGAUUCGCCAGUAAAGUCCAAAGUCCGACGAAAGAAGGCGGGCUCUGAGAUGACCAUGACUCUGCAUACCAAGGAGGCCAUGGAUGAAAUCUACGACAUAUUUAACGAGCCACUGAAGAAUGGUGACGAAAACGUGUCUGAAGUCCAGAGUGGUGAGGAGAGUAGCGAGGACGACGAAGACGACUACACAAGUGGAGCAGAGAGCACAGGCACUGGAUGUGCUACAAGCGAGUUUGGCGAUGAGACGACCGUGGGAGGAGACUUUACGCUUGGCACCCGAGUCCUUAAUCACGACAACGAUGACGAUAGCGAAGCGGAUGACACAGAUGCGAGGAGUGUCUCUGAAUCGUCUGACUUUACCGAGAUCAAACCUGGAACAAGGGACGAGCAAGAUGGGUCUGACAACGAGUCCGAGCAUUCUGAUCAUUCUCAGGAUGACUCGUUUGAUGAAUCAUCGGACGCAGAUGCUGAAUCAGAGCAGCAACGAAACGAACGCGCCAUGACUCCUACAUCGCCUUCAGCGCCAGCAUCGCUUCCUACGCGAUUUGUCCCCGUACCACCCGAAGACUACAACCCUGCUAUGCGACCAUACAGGGAUCCCGUCGUCGUCGCGAACAAUCGGUUACCCUUUAUGACGCCCAUUGUUGAAAAAACCGAGUCUUCCUUGGGCAUUGCGACUGCUGUAGCGCAGAAGGAGUACUUUGCUGCCAAGACACCAUCGCGGUCAAAGGGUACGCCUGCUAUCCUCGAGGAUGAUGAUGAGGAAGAGCUUUGCAGUAGCCCCUUCUCUGAUAUUCUGGGACAAGUUAUUGACGGACCAGGAAAAGUUGCAAAGCUAGCUUUGACCGAAUCGAGACCAGUACCGAAAGAGCCUCUUGACGAACCUCAGCGGAGACCACUGGCUGCCAAGGAGAAUUCAAUUGCGGCGCCCAAGCUGAAUGGUCCCAUCAUCAAGGAUACACAGUGCAACCCAGUAGACGAUAGUAUCCGCAAAGCUAUCUUGCAUGAUAUUCAACCUCCACUGGAUAGCUAUGAUGGUUACUAUGCAGACACUGAGGAAUGCUACGGCAAGGGUGCUGAUAUUCGCAAGUACACAAAGACCGUAUCGAAGUUGGGCAAAACCGCAAACGACAAGAGUGCAACUGGCCCUGGUCUAUGCCCUACCUUGCAAUUUCCAGGAACAGAUCGAACAUACACCGUCAAGCGUGAGCUUGGUAAAGGCGCGUUCGCUCCAGUGUAUCUGGUGGAGAGCAAAGAAGCCGAGAAUGGCAACGAAAACCGGCCCUCGCAGAUGGGCAAGGGCGAGUUUGGUUUAAAGCGUCAGGCUCUGGAGGCAAUCAAGAUGGAGGAUCCACCUACGCCAUGGGAGUUCUACAUUAUGCGACAAGCUAGGCGGCGACUGGGUGUAUCUCGACCAGCUGAAUCCAUUGUUCAGGUGUAUGAGAUGCACGUCUUCAAGGACGAGUGUUAUCUCGUUGAAGAGUACCGCGACCAAGGAACGCUACUCGACUUGGUGAACCUUGCUCGUGCGGACAACGGAGUCAUGGACGAGCAACUUGCCAUGUUCUUCACCGUCGAACUGUUUCGUACGGUCGAGGCUCUUCACUCCAAGGGCAUAAUACACGGCGACCUCAAGUCAGACAACAUUCUCGUACGCUUCGACGCGCUACAAAAAGACGAACACUGGGACUCUGAGUACAAGCGCGAUGGGCGUGACGGCUGGUCUGCCAAGGGCAUUUCGUUAAUCGACUUUGGUCGCGGUAUCGACAUGAAAGCCUUUAAGCCAGAUGUACAAUUUAUCGCCGACUGGCCUACUACUGAGGCUGACUGCGCCGAGAUGCGCGAACUGCGCCCCUGGACAUACCAGAUUGACUACCAUGGGCUCGCGGGUAUCGUGCACAACCUCCUGUUUGGAAAGUACAUUUCUACCGUUGCUGACCGGGGUGCUACUCUUGGUGCCGGGGCGACCAAGACUUAUAAGAUCAAGGAGAGCCUGAAGCGUUAUUGGCAAACAGAGAUCUGGCAAGAAUGCCUAGACCUACUAUUGAACCCGCUGAUGCAUCUUGAGGGCGAGGAAGGGAGGAGGUUACCUGUGCUCAAGGGCAUGAAGGACGUGAGGGAGAAGAUGGAAGAGUAUCUUGAGAACAACUGCGAAAAAGGCGUUGGUCUGAAGGUGCUUGUGCGACGGAUGGAAGAAGCUGUGAAGCGGAGAUGA